UAGCUUUCGUCAUUGUUUAUACGUAUACUUUAUCGAACCCAGCACGAAAAGUACGUUUUUGAGCGAGUCCGACAAGCGUUGCGUCAAUUUUUGCUCGUUUGCGUAGAUGGGCAAAAGCAGGACGGAGAGUGGCGCUGGGCUUUCGGUUUCGGUUUCGGUUGUUUAAUGCCUGUCGUUUAAUACACUCCUCCACCACCAAUUCGUUGAGAUCCAUUCCGUCGGGGUUCUCUUUUAUCAUCUCUGGAUUGGAGGGACACGAAAAGAGUCGAUUUUUUGGAUUGAUCAGCCUCGUCCUCCGCUCUUCUUCCCGCCGGUUCAGCGGUAUAUCCAUGGAGGAGACAGAGGGUUUAAGAAAUGCUGUUGAGAUGGCUAGCUCAGUUUCUGACAAGCAUCUUUUGAGGCCAUCAGCUCGAUAUUAUUCAGGAUCCAAAGAUGCAUCAGACCAUCAAAGAGGCAAAUAUACCCUCAUCAGAGAUGCAGAGGAUUCCCAGCUAGGCAUCUAUGACAAACCUCUACCAUGCUUUGGGUGUGGGAUUGGAUGGUUUUCGUUCCUUUUGGGGUUCGCAUGCCCUUUGCUGUGGUACUAUGCUACAUUUCUCUAUUUUGGAAACUGCUACCGCAAGGAUCCUAGAGAACGAGCAGGCCUUGCUGCUUCUGCUAUUGCUGCGAUGGUAUGCUCGGCCGUGCUGCUCAUCAUCAUCACCUUUGUCAUGUUCACCAGGUGAAUGUUGAUCACCUCAAAGAGGAUCUGUUGAUCUCGGAAUGAAAAUACUCAAAAAAGGGAGAAUCUCAUUUACGUGUACAUAAUUGUUUAACGGCCACAACGUGAGAGCGAGGAAUUGGAACUCUGAGACUUUGUUCCAGCGAUUGGAAAGAUUUGACGGUGCCAAAAGUGAUGCCGUGAACUCACAUUUGUAGCGCUGUGAGAACAGUACAUACCGAGGGAUCUCAGCCAGACAAUACUGAUAGAACUAUAAUAUUGUCAUUGCCUUCUCUUCUACUUCUCUGUUACCUUGUUGUGGCUUGGUUGGAGUCAUGGCAAGCAUGCACAAGGACGUGGACUGACAGAUUGGUUGAUUCCGGUCGUGUUGUAUUUUACGUGUGCUAUGGUCUGUUAAUAACAUUAUCUUGGAAAGUAUAGGAAAUAUCGUUUAAUAUGCAGUUUUGACUAUUUUUAGUUGGUUAAAACUCGAA